AUGGCCGCGUAAGUCCCCCACCUCACACGCACUCGCACUCGCACUCGCACUCGUAGCAUCGAUCGACGCACGUGCUCACACCCUUACCACGCUCGCCCCGACAGCCACCGCUUCUCCGCCGCUCCCGUCAAGCCUCAACCGAACCUGCUCGGCUUCACCCCCGCUCGUGCGUUGGCAUCGUGACUGAGCUUCCGAGCUCGUCCCGUACCCCCAUGUGCUCCUGACUGAUCAUGUCGUUUGUACUUUCCUCUAUUCAGGUGCCGCGCGAUGGGCUGUGCCGUUGGCUCUUUGGGGCGUCGGCCUCGCCGGCGCUGGCGCUCUGUUCCUUUCGCCCAUCCCGCUCUUCCAACACGAUGGUCAGUGUCCAUUCAAGCUCUCGACAAGUGGUCUGGCCAUGAGACUUCGUGACAGCCCGCUUGCUGGAGCUGACUCGUGCGCUCUCGCUCUUCUCCUGGCCACCUGCCAUCGCGACGUGCUUCUGUCCUCGUCGGAUACCUACCCUCCACCAUCGCUCUCAACAGUUCUUGACAAGAUCCCUGUCGUGCGUUAUUAUCCAACAUCUCCCCCGCGGUCGAAUAUUCACCGCGGAACCCCCAAAAGAGUGCCCCGACCUCGAUUUAAUGCUCACCGCAUCGUUUCUCCUUCCUCUUGCAGAUCUCGGCCUACUUCAAGGACACGACCCCGGACUCGGACAAGCCCUUUUAA